AAUCGAGUGUUACAGACGUUGACCCUCCUAAAUGGUUUGGAACAGCCCAAUUUUCCCGCGGUGUCGUGACCUCACGGGGUCAGCUGAUUGUGCGCUGUGCGCGGGUUGGUUCAAAAACAAGUUUUAUGGCAGUCUGAAAAACAAAGAAAUGCCUGCAUCUUUUCUCUCUCACCCACCACAAGGCGGCUGGGUCUCGAAAAUCUCUGCAUCGAACAUCAAACCCCACCGGUUUAUUUGAUCUGAAACGCUUUUGCAUUGAAGUUGAUUAGCUUGCGCCGGAGAAUUAGACCACGACAGGACUCGUCCCCCGUGCAGUAUCAAUUCUACAGUACACGUGACCACUGGCUAACAUGGCAAGACAACACACUCUUUCGCUUCUUUUGCUGCUAUCACUGGUGGAAUCUCCAAGUGUCACGAUGACUACUGCCCAACGUCCUCCUAGUGGUACCACAACAAACACCAGUUUGCAACUUCAAAGCACAACUGCCCCUAAUAUGACUGCCUCUAACAUAUCGACAAUGCAAACGCCAAACACCAGUCAACAUGCCGUUCCUAAGGACAGUAGGAACCUAACAGCCAAUGACACAAAUAUGAAAGAAUUAGACAUUUCGGCGUCUCUCAACAAUAGUGUACAACAUAACGUUGAUCUAAAUGAAACAUCGUGGAAUUCUAGUCGAAAAGGAAAUUACUUUACUAAAGGUAAACUAGGGGGUGGAGAGGUCCAAAGAAUGGGACAGUUCUUUACAAAUUUAGAAAAUCGUAGAGGCGAAGUUAACCAGACAAAAAUAUCCAAUAUUACCUACCAAAAACUCGAAAAGAACGAAGGACCAAAUGCAACGUGGAGAGACAUGACCAGAACUUUUAUUGAUAAAAAGUCUACAAGUAUGCCAGGGCUAAAUUAUAGCCUUGGAGAUGAAAGUUUAACAACGGUGGAACCCACGCCCGCGGAAGGCCAUGACUACAUUUUGGUACCACAGACACAGUCACAAAGGAUUAUUUGUGAGUAUGACUUUGAAAUUGGCUGUUUCCGCUCCAACGAUGUCUAUAACGGAAGUGACGUCGAUCUAGCCGGCAUUGUGGUCCUAAUCAAGAACGUGACCACCAGCUUAGCCACUAUUGACUGGCGUGACUUCAACAUAUCACAGCCUUUUCCAGAACCGUUCUACGUCUACGUUUACGCCGAGAAAUUCAGCACAGAAGUCAGUCUCACCAAGAAAUCCGGCGAAUACGUCUUCCAGGGACUUUUCUCCGGGGAGACGUACAGCGCUUGCGUACUAUCUGAAAGGUGGGUGCAGAGGAAUAAAGACUGCACUCCUUGCUGUGGACAGUUUAAGACGGAAGGAAAAGAUGACCAUGUCUACGGAUGGCCACUGAUCAACCGACUGGCUAUCGUUAUAACAGCCUUCCUAUUUAUUAUCGUCAUGUGGGGAGUUGGGACCGCAUGCUACUCUAAUGACUACACUUUACUGGUAGAGGAAUCGGACUUCCCUCAAAAUGGAUAUUGAUCCAUUCCAGAGUUCCAGAUCUCUGCGUAUCUAACAAUAAUGCUGGCAGCAGACUCUGAAAUUGUCCUAUUUAGUCUGAAUCAUGCUCAGCAUACCAAGACGCAGCGGGUAAGAUUUUGGAUUCUGUAGACGACUGGACGGGUCCUGGGUUUGGUGGUCUUCGAAUGGCGCUCUCUCCACGAGACUGCGAUCUUUGAGUGACCAUGCAGCGACCAAAAUUGGACUUGUGUCACCCUUGAUUUCGUAGUUAGAAUAUGAUGUAAGAUGUAUAAUUAUGAUUUAACACAUAAGAUAAGAUCAUGUCUGUCGCGAAUGAAGAAUGAUACCCAGGACAGUGCAAUAUCCAUCCAACAUUGAAGAUACCUCAGGCAUCCAAUGCCACAACGUCAGUUAUGCAGUACAUCGUGCGGUUUUUGAAAGAUUAAAAAAAGCUUACUGUUUGCGAAAGGAUAGUAUAUCCGAGAUAUCUCUGUUACAUAUCAGUACCUGUCUUGACUAUUGUAAACUCUAAGUCAUAAGUGAUGUGCUGUAGAGCAAAUGUUGGAUUUCAACCAGUUGAGAUUGACGUUGCUACCUACAUGGGGCACUUUACAAAAUGUAAGGCACAGCAUGUUGUGGGAUACGUAUCUUACAUGUAAUAUACGAAUACAAUUGCAAUACAAUUGCAAUAUACCACAUUGAACUGCAUUUCCUUUAUCCAUACAUGGUUGAUCUCAUUAGGGACCUGUCAAUUGGUCUUAAUGUACCUGAUAUGAUGCAUUGUUCCAUAAAAUACUCUUAGAAUUGUGUCUGUAAAUUGCCGGCAGGCCACGUACUGAGCCAGCUCUGUACCGUGAUACCAACAGUGUUGUAUGUAUUCAGUAAGUGGCUUCGUGAAGUGACAUGACUCAUGGUACGUUAACCUGGUGAAUAUCAUCCGGGGAUUUUGCUUACAGUUCAGCAGGGAGCAACCUGGGCAUUUUAACGGCUCUCAGGGGUACGGACUAAAGAAUUGGCUGAUCCAUCUCCUACGUGACAGGCAUACUGUAGGGGCAGAUCGUCAGUCAUUGGUGCUGAGGUCAAGGACCUUUUUUACCUUUGGGUGUUAACAUUCUGUUAUGCUAAUUAUAUCAACCCUAGGGUACUAGUAUAUGCAGAAGGUGGUUCCAAUACCCUUGAUUACAGUAAGCCAUUUAGGUCCGUCUCUUCGAUGUUUUGUUUUUUCUCACGUCAGUUGAUACGUUUUACAGAUCGCAACAGUGUUCGCUGCAAUCCACCAAAGCAAAUUGUUCCAUAGAUAAUCUUUUGUUGUGGAUCCACCCUGGAUCCAUUGCCAGAGAGAAGUACUUUGUAAGAUUUACACAAGUAUCGAUAGGGCAAGAUGAACCGUAA